AUGAGUGCGCUACAACAAAAAGUCUGUGGACUUUUAGGCGGUUUAUCUUAUGUGGCCAGUAUGGAGUAUUAUAGAUAUAUGAAUGAAUUAGUUGGCAAAGAAUAUUCUGGUCAUAGCAGUAAUCUAACAAUGGUGUCAAUUGAUACAUACGACUAUGUUGAUUUAAUACAAAGAAAUGAAGCGGAAAAAGCUGCUGAUUAUCUUUUAACGGGUGUGGAAAGAUUAGUCAAAAGUGGAAUCGAUUUUCUAUUAAUAUGUUCAAAUACAGCUCACUUAGUUGUACCAUUAAUUCAACAACGGUAUCCAUCAUUACCAUACUUGCAUAUUGGAGAUACAACUGCGUAUGAAAUUAAAAAACAAAAAUUGAAAAAAAUUGGUUUUUUGGGAACAGCAACGUCAAUGUCCAUAAAUGGUUCUGUUGCACAACGUUUAUUAGCUCACCACAUCGAUGUUGUAUUUCCAUCGGUCGAUGAUAUUCCUACAUUGCAUCAAAUAAUUAUAAAUGAAUUAUCAAAUAACAUAUUUACUGAAAAAUCAAAACAAAUUUAUCUAGCCGCAAUAAAACAACUGAAAGAUACACAUCAAGUUGAAGGUGUUGUUUUAGGUUGCACAGAAAUUCCAUUACUCGUGAAUCAACAGGAUGUUUCUGAAAUUUCAUUAUUUGAUUCAACACGAAUACACGAAUUGAAUGGUAAAGAUCCCAGUCAACGUGGGAAAACAGCACGUAUUACAACAACAGCUCGUGAAAUCGUUAGAUUUUGUUAUGGGCAGACAGCUGAUACUAAAAGUUUAAAGUUUGAUGAAUUAAAUAUCGUACUUGAAAUGAAGAAAAGACACAGUGGUGGUACCGAUCAUAUUCGUGCAGCUGAUGGUAUUAGUAAAGAAAAAGACUAA